GGGGCACUCCUCUGUCUGUACUCACUUCCUUGGUGACCUCAUCCAGUCUCGUGGCUUUAAAUACCAUCCAUAAGCCAUCAACCUGAAAAUUUACAUUUCCAGACCAGAUUUAUCCCCUGAAUUCAUAGAUGCAGCUGUGGUCAUUCAGUUCCACAAGGAAUCUCUCAGGCAUUUCCAACUCAGUGUCCCCAGACCUUGACACUUUCCCCUAAACCUGCUUCCCCUCAUUUGCCAUCUCUGUCCAAGGAUGCCCCAACUUUUCAGUUGCUCAGUCCAGAAGUUUUGGUCAUCCUGAAUCCCUCUGUCUCUCACACACCCAUACCUACAUGGUCAACCAAUUUUGUUGGUUCUACUUCCAGAAUCUUUCCAUCCCUCCAGUGCCCACAACCCGGUCCAUCUGUCACCUCCCACCUAGACAAACAUAGCAGCCUCCCUGGUCUCUGACCCUACCCCCAAAGGCAGUCACAGGGACUCACCACUUCUACCCCUCCCACACACACAGGAAGCAGGUGGCCUUGUCACCAGCAGGGUGAUAUCCGCUAUUGCUUGCUUCUCUACUCCCCCACUGUUCCUCAGGACUUCUCUGGACCAAAGCCUUUUGCCAGACCCCUUCUAGCCCCUACCCACCAUGGCCCCUUCAAGUGACAUCCUGUUCCUGCUUUUGCUCCCAGUGGCUGCGGCUCUGACAACCCCAGGUGAGAAAUCAGCACUCCUUCCCUUUUGCCAUGGCCCUUCAGGUUCCUGUUCCGGAUGUGGGCCCCCCUCCCUGCCGAUGCUGGUAGGCCUCAUGGCCGCUGAUUUGGUGGUGUCGCUGCUGAUCGUUGCGGUGGUGUUUGUGUGUGCUUGCCCCCGCCGCAGGCCCACCCAAGAUGACAAAAUCUACAUGAACAUGCCUGGCAGGGGCUGACCCCCUUGUAAGCGACACCUUUGACUUCUGACCCUCUCAUCCUGCAUUGUGUGUGGUGGCACAGGAUACCCACUCCCGACUUGGGUUGGAAUAAAGCAACUGAAAUACCUCUA